AAAGAUUCUGAAAAAUGUAAGAUAAUAAAUUUCACAGCAAAUGCUUCUAAACACUUGUGGAUGUCAUGAAGUGAUUUCAUAUCAACAAACACUUCACUCCUAAGUCUCCAAAUCCCCUGCGAAAAAUGGCUGCUUUAGAUCUCUUCAAGCUCUCUUUCCUUCUGAAUCUUCUCUCGACCUCAAAUUUGAACCUCUGGGCGGGGAAUGAGGCUGGACCUGUCGGCGUAUUCCCGCCCACAUGUAACCGUAUCGAGUGCCCCACCUUCGACGUGGUUCACAACGGGAAUGGCUUUGAAAUUCGGCGUUACAAUUCCAGCAUGUGGAUGUCAACCAAGCCUAUCGAUGAUGUUUCAUUUGUUUCAGCCACCAGAACAGGGUUCCUCCAGUUAUUUGACUACAUUCAGGGCAAGAACGAUAACCAACAGAAAAUAGAAAUGACGGGUCCAGUGAUUACUGAAGUGAAACCCAGUGAUGGACCAUUUUGUGCUUCGUCCUUCGUUGUGAGUUUCUAUGUUCCUAAAGAGAACCAACAAAAUCCACCUUCUGCUAAAGGCCUCCAUCUGCAAAAAUGGGGAGUAACCUAUGUAGCUGUACGACAAUUUGGUGGAUUUGUGGCUGACGAGGAGGUUGGAGAGGAAGCUGCUGCAUUGUAUGCUAGCGUUGCUGGAACUGUUUGGUCUGAUGCAAUAGACAAGAGCCAUGCUGGGGACAGUGCAACAGAUUACAUUGUUGCGCAGUAUAAUUCUCCAUUUGAGUUCCGGAACAGAGUGAAUGAAAUUUGGUUGACGUUUGAUUGGGAGUAAGUUGCAAAUUGAAAAAGAGUCUGGUGUCUACUGCACACUCCAAACGAUCGGAUGACCUGAGUUUAGAUAUGAAAUAUCAACAUAUUAUUUGCCUAAAAGUUCUCCCUGAAAGAAUACCAGGUAUUUAGUAUGAACAUUAUCUGGCUGUUAUUUGAAAGUCAUAAGCAGAUACUUUGGCCUAUUUUCCCUGCACAGUCAUUACUGUUUCUAUGUGUUGGAUUUUCUGCGAUAGGAGCUCCUUGGAGGGAAUCGAAUCGACUUUUUGUAACGAGGCUGUGGUGGUAUGUGUUGUAGACUUUAUGCUGCCAAACUCUUAUCUAAGUUUGACAUGAAAUGUGGAUUCUGGCAAAACCAAAUGGAUCAAAAAGAUAGAUGUAAAAUAGCUUGUACCUUUGAUCAAUUUGAACGGAAUGUCAUGCCAUUUGA